ACUACAGAACUGGAGCGUGAUGUCCGAGAGUUGCUACAACAGCUAAAAUCGUCCACUGGUCGAAACUCUCCGAUCAAACCGUUGAUGUUUAUGAAACCGAUUGAGGUGUCCGAACCGGUGGAAUCCGUUGACAAAGCUGUGAUCGAGGACGAGAAACCGCCUAAACCGGACUGGUCGGCAGUAAUGAUUGAAGAGCAUAGACGUGAUAUGGAGUUGUUGCGAAACAUGUUCGAGAAAGAAUUACGAGCACUUCAAGUUCAACACGCCGCAACACAGGAGGAAUUGGCACAGCUGAAAAUUAAACGAGCUGCUUCUAAUUUGGGUGAACUCGUGGACGAUGUGCCCAAAUCUCCAUCGGACAAAAAAACUGAAUCGGCCGCGCUCCCCGUCACAAUUCGAGAAAUGUCACCAGUUAAAGAGGGAUCCAGUACAAACCAUCCCAGUCCGAAUCGCUCGGAACGGUUAACACCAAAACCCGUGAGCUCCAACAUUAGCAUGGGCAUUGUCGAAAUCGGUCAUUCAACCGGACAGACACAGGAUGCGGUUGACCACUCGGUGCAAACACACCAGGAAGGCGCACACCGUCACGUCUCACUUUUGGAUUGUCAUGGUAGUCAUCAUUGGCCAGAGAACAGUGUUGUUGGCUUGCCCGUUAGUCACAGACGAACGCGGAAUCAUUCACUCGAACCGCCUGUUCGAAGGCACAGUUUUGAAGACGGGGAGGAUGAGGAUGAUAAUGCAGAAAGUGAUAUCACCUAUCCAGCGGAUCCCAGACCGAGAGGGAUACAUUCACACACUCAUUACACUAGAGCACAACGAGGCUGGCGACCGAAAUUUACAGAUGGUGAUAUCAUGAAUGGACAGUUCCAUGGUGAGUAUGCUCCCGGUGAAAGGAAGCGAAGAAGAUAUCGUCGAAAACGUGUACGAUCCGCGGCAAUCCAAGUAGGGUUUGGUCGACGUCAAAGCCCUCAAAAAGCAAAUAUUGCUUUGGCCAGCUUGAGUGGAGAUGAACCGGUAUUUUUAAAAGUCCGCCGACCUCAAUCACGCUCUGGAUCAUCCACAUCUUUGCAGAACUCUAGAUCACCAGGAGGACGAAGAACAAGGGCCGCUUCUUUGGAUGGGAGAUCGCGGGAAAUAGUCAUUGUGCGCACAGAGGAUGAAGACGGGUCUGACGAACAACGACGACGCCCGUUUGACACUGGGAGUGAACGUUCGAGUAUGCGAAGUGUCCAUCUUAUGCCUACACCCACCGUAAUUCGUCCCCGAUCUGCGAUGCCAAGGGAACGUAUCAUUAAUGUGGGAUCUUCCGUUCGGUCAAGUGUGCCGGAAUCCAAUAUUUCUCCGAGUAGGCGAGCUGUUCCCGUUUAUGAUGAACCUACAUUAAGCGGUUCCAAGGCCAGUAUGCGCUCUGAAAUUCGGUCGAUCAGCGAACAUGUGUCCAAACAUUCAAGGGCAUCACCGGCACCUGUGAACACUGCGACGCGUUCCGAAUUGCGGACUGAUGGCUCAAAACGACGCUCUUCUCAAUCGCCUUUACGAGCCAGCACGAAUCGAGUAGCGGAAACGGAGGAUACGGCUGACGAAUCGGAUAAUCAAAUGGUAUCUCGGGGUAUGGAGAGAGCGUUGACCGCUUCAGGAACACCCAGUCCGGCACAAAGUGUCAAUUUAAGUACAAACGUGUUACGCUAUAGUCGACUGCUGGAUCAAUUACGAGCGGAUCCGGACACAUUGAGAGGUUUGCGACAUGAAGUGGAACAACUGUUGAUCGAACAGCUGUCAGAACGGGGUAUCCAAUCUGGUCAGACUCGACUGACCACGACCGAGCUAAACGAUCGUCUGAUCGUGUUACGUCGUGAACGGGAAAAUUUGGCCAGAAAACAUGUGAACUUUUUUGAAAUACGAGAGGCAUUGGCUCAACACGUAGACCGAUUGGCAAAUGCGAUGCUUCACGGGAAACACAUGCAACGUACCAGUUCCACCGAUCUUCGACCUGUCUCGUCCCGAACGCAACGUGCCUCGGUCAUUGCCCGAUCCGGUUUGCCACCGCCGGCCAUGCACAGUCCAAGUGGUAUGCGUCGGGGUGGAACGCUCCCGGCUCCAACCAGCCGCCGAGUGGAUAUCACUUCGGGAUUGGGCAGUUCAAUGCCAAUCUUGAACCAACAUGAGACAAACUCAAAGGUGGGCAAAUUGUACGUCUCCUCCGCGACCAAUUUGAAUGCUCCAAGAUCUUACCUCCAACGUUCAAGUCCUCACUUGCAAUUCGAAGAGACUGUUCCUGAAGAACUGCCUUCGGCUCGAUCCGCACUAAGCACAGGCUCACCACGCCAAAGAUCCGCAUUGGGAACACCUCCUGGUCAUGGCCAUGGCCAAAUCACGUCAAAUGUGGAAACACCACCGCCCCGAAAGACACGCGGUUCCCCGCAACGGUCCCGUUCAAGUGCAUCACCGUAUAAGACACCGGAAAAGUCGUCCGUACUGAAGUCACCUUCAAUUCAGCUCAGUCACGAUCAACGUGUGCUCACAUUCAAUCGACCAGAGGCAUCCAAUACGGCUGUGGCACCUACCAGUUCCGAGGAAUGGGAUUCAGAACCGGACGAAUCGCCGAUCAACGCUACUCGAGCUCCUCUACCCCUCAAGCUUCUAGUGGCAGCUUGUCCGGAUCAGACGCUUUAUGAUGAAGAUAUAUGCAGUGUUUCUUCCAUAAACGGUGGCGUGGCAGAAGAUACCAGUUUGUCCCUGUUCCCAGCCUCGUUGAACAAACGUGGAUCCAAAUCCAGUGCACCAAGAGUUAGUCGUUCGUUAGAUCCAAAUGUGGCCGCCGCUCGGGCACAGGCUGCUGCACUGGGACCACGACCGGGUACGCGAUUCGGUUCGUCUGUACGAAAUUCGGACACUGUCGUCGGCACAGCACCGGUCUCUAUUUGCAGCCCGGAUAUGACACCCACAUUGGCUACCAGUUUGUGGGGUACGAAUUCCAAAGGUGAUUUGAUUUGUGUUCUGACCGAGUUCGAUCGCCUAUCUCAAAUUUUGCUUCUGAUAUUUCGUUCCGUGUUUGUCUAA